UACACAGGCGAACCUUUAGAAAAGAUCAAUUCAAAAUUUUCCUUCUUAUUGAAGUAAAGUACCAAAUUUUUAUUUCAAUUUCCUAGAGGCCCGAGCUUUAUUAAGUUGGCAGCACUCGUCAACAGCGGCUGUUUUUAAACUUGUAAAUAAACACGACUGAAUGAUGCUGAAUUUUUCCUUCCAUUUUUCCACUUUGCAUUUAUAUUUAUACACUCAAUGAAAUUCGCACAAGUGUGCAUUUUCUACCCGUAAGGAAACUCGACUCCCUCUGACUAAAAGAGUGAGAUAUGCGUCCGCUGUCGUGGUGACGUUUCCUGUGACCCGAGACCAUACCAGUCAUGUGACCUGCACCUGAAACCAUUGCUAUUGCUGAUGCUGCACUUCUUAUCUCGGCUCACUGAUAUUGCGACAAGUUUAAAGUGGGAUGCGGUACGGAGAUAAUCUAUCUGGAAAUGGAUUUUGAGGAAGUCUAUGACGCCCAAACAAGAGAAAGACUGCAAAGAGAAUUUAGCAGAUUAAAAGAUGUUGCGUACCUGGACCAUACUGGUGCUACCCUCUACCCUGAGGGCCUAGUGGAGGCCAUCAGCUCCGACCUGCGCAUCAACCUUUACGGAAACCCACACGCCCUAAACUCAAGCAGCCGGCUCAGCAGUGAUGUAGUUGAGCAAACGAGGGAGAGAGUCCUCUCAUUUUUCGGCACUAGCUCUUUAAAAUAUGACGUCAUCUUUACCUCUGGCGCAACCCAGGCCCUGGCGAUCGUAGCGAACUGCUUCAGCUGGAGGGAUGGACAGGCCUAUGCGUACUUUGCGGAAAGCCACACCUCGGUUGUUGGUGUUCGGCAAGUGGCCGCACAGAGAGGAGCUAAAAUCAUUCCCAUCACUCAAGAAAAGAUUGAAUCAAUAUUCAACAAAAACUCGCCGAUUGGGGCACAGGGUGGCUUAUUUGCUUUCCCUGGCCAGUGCAACUUUUCCGGGGCGAAAUAUCCACUGAAGUGGGUGGACAAAAUUCGACAACGUGGUGACUGGAGCGUGCUGCUCGACGCCGCCUCUCUGGCCGCAACCAGCCGGCUGGACCUUUCGUCGAUUUCGCCUGACUUUGUCUGCAUUUCGUUUUACAAAAUUUUCGGCCUUCCCACUGGCCUUGGAGCCCUGCUUGUCAGCCUCGGGGCUGAAGAGCGGCUGGAGAAGAAUUACUUCGGGGGCGGCACGGUCCUCAUGGCCCUCGCCUCGGGCAAACUGAGGCACGAGUUGAGACCAGUUCUGCAUGAAAGGAUUGAGGAUGGCACCAUCAAUUUCUUGGACAUUGUGCAGCUAGGACAGGCCUUCAAGUACUUCGCAAACCUUAUUCCUGGAGGAAUGUCUUCAGUUGAAGAGCACACAUUUCGACUAGCCAAAUACUUAUUCCACGCUUUGAGUGACCUGAAGCACUUCAACGACAAACCUCUUGCUGUGAUUUAUCAAGACAAUAAUUUUAAGUCCAAGACGCAACAGGGUCCAAUCGUCAACUUCAAUUUAAAGCGAGCCGAUGAAACUUUUAUUGGUUUUUCCGAGGUUCUACACUUGUGCAAUUUGUUUAACGUCCACGUCCGUACAGGCUGUUUUUGCAACCCUGGAGCCUGUCAGAGGCAUUUGAAAAUGACCGUAGAUGAGCUUGAACAACAGUUUGAGGCUGGUCAUGUGUGUGGCGACGCCAUCGACCUGUUAGGUGGGCGUCCAACCGGCUCCGUUCGCGCUUCAGUCGGCUACUGCAGCACAAAAGAGGACAUGGACGCACUGGUUGGUCUGGUCAAAAAGUGCUUCCUGGAGACGACCCCCUCAAAGGACAGGUCAGACCUACGGCUGGAAAAUCUGGAGACGAAUGCAAGCAAAGAGCCGAGACUGAGUAGGCUCUUUUUGUAUCCAGUGAAGUCGUGCGGCGCUCAGGAGGUUCAGUCCUGGCCGCUGGACCACAAGGGCCUGGUGGGUGACCGUGGCUGGAUGGUGGCCACUGACGCCUCUACGCCCCUCACACAGAAGACCUGUCCCAGAAUGUGCCUUGUCAAACCGACGCUUGAUUUGGAAAACAAUGUUUUACACCUCUCCUUCCCAGGCAUGUCUGAUGUUAGUAUAAGCAUCCUCCAUGACAGGUCCUCAAAUGAUUCAUCUUCAAGCAAAAUCUGCGGAGUAAUGGUACAGACAGUAGACUGUGGCGAUCAGGUUGCUGAGUGGCUGAGUCUUGCACUUGAAAUUUCUGGCCUUAGACUUCUGCAGCAAUGGUCAGACGACUUAAGAAAGCAAAAGAAAGGCAACGCCAACCUGUCGCUGUCCAAUCAAUCUCAGUUUCUGCUGGUCGGACUGUCCAGUCUUGCCUCGCUGGAGAAGCAAGUUGCGGAAUCUGCUGCAGAAGAUGAAUGCUGUGAAGGGGAAAACCUUCUGCAAAGGUUCCGUUGCAAUAUGAUUGUGACCGGAUGGCCUGCGUUUGAGGAGAAAAUGUUAAAAGCCAUCAAAAUCGGCGGAGUUAUUUUAAAAAGUGACGGGCCAUGCACCAGAUGCCAAAUGGUCUGCAUUGACCAAAGAAAAGGUGAUAAAACGGUAGAGCCGUUGAGGACCAUAGCUGCUGCGGGUCAGGGAAAAAUGCAGUUCGGAAUUUACUUCUCACAAUUGCGAUCCAUGAGAGACAAACACAAUAUCUUUGUUGGCUCACCAGUUAAGAAAAUUGAAGUUGUUUAACAAAAAAAUUCAUUGAUUAAAUUUAUUGAAUAAGAAAAUUAAAA